UAUUAUAUUUAUCGUUUUAAGUUCAACAAUUUUAACCUUAAAUAUGACGGGAUGAGUAAAAGGAAAUUUAUCAAGAUUUUCCAGUAACAAGAAGGAAAUCGAGAAUAAUCCAAUUUAAGAAUCAAACGCUCUCGAAGAAUCCACCUGAUGGUAUUUGGAUCUUUUCAUCUCAUUGUUUAAGAAUAAUACAUUUGCUCUAUCGAAUACUCCCUUGUAGGCAUGGGGAACAUUUAUAAAAACAUUAAAAUAGGAGGAUGUACAUUGCCAAUCUUUUCAUAUGAUUCUAUGGAUGCUACGAGGAAGUUUAAAUGACAAAACUUUAGAUUAGUUUUUACGUUCCACUUCUGUAGCUUACUGUGGCUCUUUCAGAGUUGGAUGAUAGGUUUUUUCUUUUUAUAGUUAGGGUUUCAUUGCAGAAAUAUUUAUAAGUCAAAUAAUAAUUAAAUAUUUUCCCGGUUUUUGUCCUUCAACCAUUAUUCAAUUAAGUCCGAUUAAAUAAGAUCGGAUUGGUGCCUUUAAAGAGGUCGAAAAUAGCUCGAACAUGCCAGGACCACAUCUGGUCGAAUAAUGACCUUAGUAGGCCAUAGAUGAGGAGGGUGAGGUAAUCGAAGAGAGAAAAGGGGAGAAGAGACUGCGAUGGAGAGAUUAUUAUUGUUAAAAACAAAUGUUGGACAUCAUGCGUGACCUGUUUUGGUCCACAUGAAUUUAUGGGCUUGUACCGUGGGUUGGGCCUAGAUUGCCGCGAGGUAGAACCUCAACAAUUUACCAUAUGUGGGUUCCUAGAAAGAGGAAGGAUUAAUUUCUCUUCAAUGAACCGAAAGAAGCAAAGUACAUUAUUUGACUUCUAAGACUUUUGGACGAUUUCUUCACUUCCAAAUAAAGACUUUUAAUGUUGUACUAUAUUAAUUUUAUUUUUCUUACAAGCAUAAGCAAAACCAAAGGGAUAUCUUGUAUUAUAAAGAGCCCUCUUCCUCAUUUCUUUUUUAGUUCCUACACCGUACCUAACAACAUUUGAAACCAAAGAAAUUGCGUGCAUUGGGUUAUCUUUUAAAGGAUUAGUUUGAUUUCAAUGUUCAUUUCUUUCAUGUUAUCAUGCAACCUUUAGUUUCCUCUUUUUUUCCUUUUUCUAUGAAGUAAAUUUGAUGUAUUAUGCCUACAUUCCGUGCUUUGAUUGCAGCUCCGAAAUUUUCUAUUUGAAGAGGCAAAUUAUGAAGAAAAGAAUAAUUGCAAAAAUCAGAAAGUUUCUCUCGUGCACUGCAUCCGGUGCUAACUCCGCUAUCAUCCCAAACAGCGUAGAUGUACGUGAAGAAUAUGCCAAUGCCUUCCGAACAGAAUCAUACAACGAGUUUUGGACACAUGUCCUAGCCGUAUCCCAUCUAGAUUCUGCCACGUGUAUUAGCCCAAUGGAUUCAACCACUGCAGCUCGGCUUCCUUCUUAUCGGCUCUUCGCUGAGCAUCUCUUGGAUCCGAACCAACCCACAGUUACUCGGAUCCUUACUUUGAUCCAAAACCGACCCCAAACCCACACUAUUUUGUUAGACUAUUUUUCCCAAACUGCCAACGCUUCUCUCUAUUGUGGCUUAUUACUAAAAGAUAUCGACCAUACGCGUGUCAAAUACCGCUCUUUUAGGACCUCAUUUCAAGCUGCUCAAUUCUCAGACGAAAAUCAAUUUUCGGGUGUUAUGACCCGCUUAAUUGACUUCUCAAAUUCUCCUAACCCGUUUAUAUCAACUGCUCCAUCUUCAAGCCGGGUUCGUGUAAUUCAAGCCGGUUGUUGUGAAUUGCUCAAACGACUUGAGUCUAGUCGCAACAAGGCUCGGGCUAAGCUCCAUAUAACAAACAAAUUCCAGCAUGGGUCGGGCAUAUUUCUAGUGGCAUUAACGGCUUCACUAACCAUAAUAGUUGCAUCCCAUGCUCUAGCGUUGCUUGUGGCUGCGCCGGGUCUUGUAGCAGCUUCACUUGAGUUGGCCUCGACUAGAAGGCUUGCAAGGGAGUCGGCUCAGCUCGACACAGCUGCCAAGGGGACUUACAUAUUGAAUAGAGAUUUGGACACAAUAAGUCGGCUAGUAGCUCGGCUAAAUGAUGAGCUUGAGGACAUGCGUGCAAUGGUUAAGUUUUGGCUUGAGCGUGGAGAAGAUAGACUUCAAGCCAGUGGUGAAGUGGCGCGCCAGCUGAAGAAGAAUGAUGCUAACUUUACCCAACAACUUGAUGACUUAGAGGAGCAUCUUUAUUUGUGUUUCAUGACCAUAAAUAGGGCUCGAAACCUUGUUGUGAAAGAGAUUUUGAAUCCAUCCUGAUCUGAUGAUACCAAGAUAAUUAAUCCAUUUAUUCUGUCCACAAUGAUGUAGCCCAAAAAUCUCUUUACUAUUGUUGAUUUUUCUUAAUUGUUUUCACAAAAUAUUAAAAAAAUUCAAUCAAAAAACAUAUAUUUUCAUUAAAAGAAUUAGU